AGGUCAGUAUACAAUAUACAAUAUCAUAAUAUCUUAAUAAUAAAAUGAUAUACAAAUAUAUCUUUUUUCUAGGUCUUUAAUGAUAAAUGUAAAGUCUCGUAAGAAACGAAAGAAGAACGAUCAGAUUCUUCUAGAGGGCUAUAGACUAGUCAAACAUGGGACAGAAGUUGGAGUAAAACCCAAAGCUAUUUUUCUUUUUCCAGAUCAUCUGACAUUAUUUAUUUAACUUUGUACGAAGAUGUUAAAUUAUUUCAGAUUCCAUAUAAAACAAUACAAUUGUGGAGUAAUUUAGCAACUUCUCCUGGAAUUAUAGGUAGGUUUAUAUUACUAUCUAAUUAAGUGUCAUACAUGUAAUGUCAUAUAAUUACUACACGCACAUUAACUAUGCGUAAAAUUAUAUUUAUUAUGUGCAAAAUUACACAACAAGCAAAAGAAUAAUUAUGAUUUUCUUUUCACCUAAUCAUUAUGGAAGCGCUGGAUUAAGAAGAUUUAAAAAUGCAAGGACAGAAUGUAUCAGAUGGACUAGCACCGAAUCUGUGUCAUUUGCAAAAGCCAUGAGUAAAGAUGGAUGUACGGAUGAAAAACAAUGAAAAGAGAUGAUGUUUACAGCCAUAAACGAACAAAACGACUGCAACCGAGGUCAUUAUUAGAUAUCAGAUGAAUAUAUCGAUUAGUGAAAGAUUAUUUCAAACUACUCGAUGCUUUAAUGAAGUCUUCUAUUAACAAAUUAUUUAAAGAUAUAAAAUUUAUUUUUCUGCUCAGCCUUCAUUUGGACAAGGUGUCGAUAGGCACUUAUUUGGUUUAAAAAUGAUAGCUUCUAUCGAAUCAAUGUGUCUUCCAGAAUUGUAUAAGGAUGUUGCAUAUAUUAAAAGUACAUACUAUGAUUUAACAACGAGUCAAGUAAGAAAUAAACAUAGUUAUUCCGAAUAAACAUGUUUACAAUUGUGGAUACAAGUUUUGAUGUAAUUCUCUAAUCAACAGGUACCUCAUAAAACAUCGUCAUUUAUGUGUUACGGUCCGGUUGUACCAGAAGGUUACGGUUGUUGUUAUAAUCCUCGAGAGAACGAUAUUCUCUUUCGUUGCUCUCCCUUCAAAUCCAGUACAAAAGCAGACGCAACACAAUUUGCCAACACUUUAAAAGAAACUUUGUGUCGGAUGAGAAACUUAUGUAAUGUUUGAUUAUAUUGAUAUACUAUGUAAUAGUAUAAAUAUAUAAUUAUUUCAUUUGUUAACUUGGAUAGAUUAUCCAUACGCUAUAUUGUUUUCAUAAUUUAUAUUUAAACAAUAAAAUUCUCAAUUUCUAAGCAUAAUAUAAAAAAUAUUUAAUAUCUAUUUGAAUUUUUUUCUUUGGGGGAAAAAAAAAGGAGGAAUCGUCGAAAAAAAAAGGAAGCAAUGUUCCCAGCGCGAUUUAUCAAAGUGACCUCUCAUCUUUGUAUAAUUUUUUUUUUAUUUUUGAUAACAUACAAUAUAAAAUAUUACAAAAUUAACUAAGUUGUGAUGAAAAUAUAUAUAUUCUAUUAUUGUUGUCUACCCGUAAUAUUCCACAUGAUAUUGUACUUCUUAUGGUUGUGUUUAUACAAUAAUUGAUAUAAAUAAAAAUAAUCUAUACCGUACAAUGAAAAUUUUUGACUGCGUACAUAUUUGUAUACUCUCCUCUGUUCAACCGAUCGAAUUUUAAAAAUAAUUUAGCAUGUAAUUAUAUAACGUAUUACAAGCAGAAAUAUUAUCAAUUCGAAUAAAGAAAGCUUUCGUGUAUAUAAUAUUUCAAGAAAAUUGACCUAAAUAUACCCAUAAUUCCACGUAUUUUCUAAGUUCAAUAGUAAUUGUAUUUCCACCAUCUUGCUGAAUUUCUCCUUCCAUGUAUGCCUUUUAAAGGGACUUAUUACGUCAGCACAUUUUACUCAUAUAUACGCUAGUAUUUAAAGACAAACGAAAAUAACCAACAAUCAGUGGACGACAAUAAGUGAGGAAAAAAAUGAAAUGGAAAAUAUUUAGCGAGUAACAUCGAGAAGUCUUGUUCUUUUGUCCCAUGAUGUUGAAUCUUGUCCUAUGUAAUGCGGUAUAUAAUAUAUAUACAUGUAUAUAUGUUUAUAUAUGUAUAUAUAUUAUAUAUGCGUAUGUAUAUAUAUAUAUAUAUAUAUAUAUAUGUAUAUAUAUAUGCUUACACACACGCACACAUAUAUAUAUACAUAUGCACUUAAUUUUUUAUUAAUAUUAUGUUUUCAUGUAAUAUAAAAUAAUAAUAAUAAUAUUUCACUUCAUAUGUAUAUAGGUACAUGAAAAAUCGAUUGAGCAAUGCGCAGUAGAGAGAUCUGCUGGUAACUUUUUUCCCAGGUAGACCAUACCUAUGGCCCUUUGUUAGAAGUGAUCAGCACAACGCCCAACGUACAAUACUUGUCAGUCAUCUUCUCUUGUUAAGGGCGUGUACUGCAUCGUAUAGGAAAAAAAAUUUUAAGUUCUCAUUAGUUCUUAAAAACGUUAAAACGUUCAAGAAAAAGUUACAUUUCUCAAUUUCGAUAUCAUCUCAUUCAAUUAUUUUUAUUCAGUAAAAUGGGUAAAACAGCAAUAAUGAUUUUACAAGAGUUAGGAAUGAAAGAGGGCUUCUUACCAGUUUACACAUUGCUUCGUUCACAAACUGGUAAGCAAAUAAAUAUAUUUACUUUUAAAGUACAAUAUAAAGAGUUCUCAGCAAUUGGACAAGCUCUGAAUAAAAAAGAUGCGAAGCAGAAAGCAGCUCAGAAUAUGUUAAUAUUGUUGGAAGACCCAAAUGACAUUUCUAAGACAAAACCACUAUCAUCUUCAAACGACAUUUAUCCUGAUACUUCAUCAGUACCAGCUUUGCUAGAUUCAACAUUAAUGGAUGAAGACCUUAGAAAUUAUGUUGGAUCUUUACAACAAUACUGUUUAGAAAAUAAAUUAAUGCAGGCAGAGUAUCAAACUACUAAUAUAACUGGCCCAGCACACGAAAAAGUGUUUACUAUGUCCUGUACAGUAGGGUCAAUAACUGAAGAAGCAACAGGAACUAGAAAAAAGCAAGUCAAACAAAGUGUAGCAAAAAAGAUACUAGAACGUCUCACGAAUACUAAUGAUCCGUCAGUUGCAAACAAAGAUGAAUGCGGAUCUUCUAAUCCUUUUAAAGACUGUGACGAUUUGUCUGGAAUAGACAAAGAUGUUCUUAACGAGUUAAGUUUAAAAGUAGAUAAUUGUAAACUUAACGAAACCGAAUCUCAAGCGAAUAAGAAGAAAAAAUUUCUAGAUCCAAAUAUCAAGAGUUACCUAGGACCAAUACUUCCAAAGGAUGUUAUUGAAUUACAAAAUCGUCAUUUGUUAUUCAAACAGUACGUUUACAAUACUGUUUGUAAUGGUAGCGAGGAAAAAUUAAUUGAAAUAUUUAAUACUGUCAAAGGCUUUAAGAGAAGUUUUAUGGAUAUAGAGAAAUAUGACAUCGUAAGAGUAACUUCUCUGGAACAGGAGAUUUUAGUAUAUAUUGAAGAGAAAAUGAAAUUAUCCAUGGAAAAAAAGAUUAUACAUAGCAGGAAUCCAUUGCUAAAGAUAACUGCUUUUAAAAUAAGUAAUCCUCUAGAUAUAGUUCAAUUUGGAGCACAUAACAGUUCGUUGGUUGCAGGAGCAAUAGCUCUAGUUAAUAUUCUUGACACGAUUAUAAUAUACUUGGAGUAAAUAUGAAUGUCUAAUUUUUUACAGUUGUUCUUACAAUUUUACGUUAUGACAUUUACUUUUUGGUAUUAUAA